AGCACCUCUUCCCUCCCUUACAAUUGGAUGCAAAGCCUGAGGCUGUAACUUGGUUGGAUUGCACCUUUAAGUCCAGGAAGCUGCAGAAGAAAAGGGACAAUGGCUCUGAGUGGGAACUGUAGUCGUUAUUAUCCUCGGGAUCAAGGGGCCACGGUUCCCAACUCCUUCCCUGAAGUCAUAGAGCUGAACGUUGGGGGCCAGGUUUACUUCACCCGUCAUUCCACAUUAAUAAGCAUCCCCCAUUCCCUCCUGUGGAAAAUGUUUUCCCCAAAGAGAGACAACGCUAACGAUCUGGCCAAGGACUCCAAGGGAAGGUUUUUCAUCGACAGAGAUGGCUUCCUAUUCCGUUAUAUUCUGGACUUUCUCAGGGACAGGCAGGUAGUCCUGCCUGAUCACUUUCCAGAACGGGGAAGGCUGAAAAGAGAGGCUGAGUAUUUCCUGCUCCCGGACCUCGUAAAGCUCUUGGCCCCGGAGGAAGUCAAGCAGAGCCCGGAUGAAUUCUGCCACAGUGACUUCGAGGAUGGCUCCCAAGGAAGCGACCCAAGAAUCUGCCCCACAUCUUCACUGCUCCCUCAUGACCGCAAGUGGGGUUUUAUUACUGUGGGUUACAGGGGAUCCUGUACCUUGGGCAGAGAGGGGCAAGCAGAUGCCAAGUUUCGGAGAGUUCCCCGGAUUUUGGUUUGCGGAAGGAUUUCCUUGGCAAAGGAAGUCUUUGGAGAAACUCUGAAUGAAAGCAGAGACCCUGACCGAGCCCCAGAAAGAUACACCUCCAGAUUUUAUCUCAAGUUCAAACACCUGGAAAGAGCUUUUGACAUGUUGUCAGAGUGUGGAUUCCACAUGGUGGCCUGUAACUCCUCGGUGACAGCGUCUUUUGUCAACCAGUACACAGAAGAUAAGAUCUGGUCAAGCUAUACCGAAUACGUCUUCUAUCGUGAACCUUCCAGGUGGUCCUCCUCUCAUUGUGAUUGCUGCUGCAAGAAUGGCAAGGGAGACAAAGGCGAGAGUGGCACCUCUUGCAAUGACCUCUCCACUUCCAGCUGCGACAGCCAAUCAGAGGCCAGCUCUCCUCAGGAGACUGUGAUCUGUGGUCCUGUAACGCGCCAGAGCAAUAUCCAGACUCUGGACAGGCCCAUUAAGAAGGGCCCUGUGCAGCUGAUCCAGCAGUCAGAGAUGAGGCGGAAAAGUGACCUGCUCAGGACUCUGACGUCGGGCUCCAGGGAGUCGAACAUAAGCAGCAAAAAGAAAGCUGCCAAGGAAAAGCUCUCCAUCGAAGAAGAGCUGGAGAAGUGUAUCCAGGAUUUCCUGAAGAUAAAAAUUCCAGAUCGCUUCCCUGAGAGGAAACAUCCCUGGCAGUCUGAACUUUUACGGAAGUAUCAUCUAUAGGGGAGGGCUGGGGGUAGUCACCACUUUGAAAUAAACCUCCCCGAAGGAACACAUGUUAAAGGAAAAGUAACAACUAAUGAUCCACAUUGUUAGAACACAAUAGUCCAUUGAUGUACUACUGCCUACUUUUACUAGCUCACCUUAACGUGUAAAUCCACAGGGUAGAUGUCUUUUCAGAUGUGGUACCAGAAGCAAGCUCUUGUGUUGUCCUUUGUCUUUUACUAACUUGAUCCCAUGUGCUGAGAAUCUUACA